AUGUUGCGCCUCGCGGUCGCCCUGCCGCUGCUGCUGGUGGUGCUGCUCGGCUCAAGCCUCCAGGCCGUCGCCGCCGCCGCAACCGACGUGCGGGGCGUCAAGGAGACGGAAAAAGCCGGUAAUUUCAUGGAGGACGAGCAGUGGUUGUCCACCAUUUCCCAGUACAGCCGCAAGAUCAAGCACUGGAACCGCUUCAGAGACGAAGUGGAGGAUGAUUAUGUACGCAACUGGAAUGAGAAUCAAGGCUCCAGUGACAACGUGGACACCACCAAGGACCCCUGUCAAAAGGUUAAGUGCAGCAGGCACAAGGUCUGUAUCGCUCAGGGCUACCAGAGAGCUGUGUGCAUCAACCGCAAGAAACUUGAGCAUAGACUCAAACAGCCUGCUCUCAGGUCCUCUGAUGGCAACUGCCAGCCAUGUCCAAUCUCCUCCACUGGGCCUGUGUGCGGAUCUGACGGACACAAUUACGCUUCAAGGUGCAAGCUGGAGCAGCAGGCGUGUCUCACGGGGAAGGAACUGACCCUCAAGUGCUCAGGUCUCUGUCCGUGUUCAACCGUCGCCCCCGCUGCCAAGCAGGAGACAAAACGUGAGAGUUGCACCGGACAGGAUCUGGCUGAUCUUGGCGAGCGUCUUCGGGACUGGUUCCAACUGCUUCAGAGCAAUGCCAAGCAGAACAAUAACAGCAAGCCAGGGGCCAAAAGCACCGUGGCCAACACUGCAUCAGUUCUGGACAGGAACCUGGUGGCUAGCUGUAAGGACUCGGUAGGUUGGAUGUUCUCCAAGCUGGACACCAAUGGCGACCUAUACCUGGACCAAGCUGAGUUGGCUGCCAUCAACCUGGACAAAUACGAGAUCUGCAUCCGUCCCUUCUUCAACUCGUGCGACUCCUUCAAGGAUGGCAAGGUGUCCACGGCCGAGUGGUGCCUUUGCUUCUGGAGAGAGAAACCACCCUGCCUGACUGAGCUGGAGAGGAUUCAGGUGCUAGACGGUGGCCAAAGAAAGUUUGGUCGCUUUAUUCCAAACUGUGACGAAGACGGCUUCUACAGGAAGCUGCAGUGUGACAGGGGAGAGUGCUGGUGUGUGGACCAGUACGGCGGCGAAGUAGCCGGGUCAAGGAUUCGUGGAAAACCAGAUUGCGAUGACGAAGCCACAUAUUCGGGCGACUUUGGCAGUGGUGUGGGCUGGGAGGACGAAGAGGAGAAAGGUGGCGAGGAGACCACAGAGGAGGAAGAGGGCGAAGCGGGAGAAGCUGAUGACGAGGGCUACAUUUGGUAA